AUGGCUACUGCAACUUUAUCGACGCCUAUCAAAUCGCACAAGGGCCUCUUCUCUUCCCGUACCGCCGGCGGACGGAUCCCUCUCACACCCUCCCCUCGACAGUCGGGCAAUGGAGCAAAUUCGUCACCGUUUACUCCCGACAAGCAGACAAAGUCGACCUACGGGGGAAACCUGAUGGCACAUUUGGCUCGCUCCUCGUCCAAGAACCCUCAUCGGGAGUCUCCCAAGUCCAACAUUGCCCGCGCUGUUUCUACGCCUCGCAAAGCUCUUGAGCUUGGUGUUUCUAACUUCACUCUUACUGGAACCGGUCUCAAGACGCCCGGCAGUGCCAAGUCACGAAAAGCCCCUCUGCGACAAAAACCUAUCAAGGCGACUAUCAACUACGGCGGCGACCGCUUUAUUCCUAACAGGGGUGCCAGCUCAGCCAUUGCUAAUGCCGGUUCCAGCAAGCUGCCACGAGGUGACCGUCAGCGGCCAAAGGCCACCCAAGGUGACAGCUCUUCAGUCCUAUCCUCAGCAGCUGAUGAUGCGGCGGCUGCACUGGAGAGCCUGAGCAUUAAUGACGACGAGGCGGACAACUAUUCCCGUCCUUCUCCCAACACGGUUGCCUACCAGGACUCGCUGGCCAAUGCAUGUGGAGUCAAGCUCAACACUCGAAUUCUCGAGUUCAAGCCCGCGCCCCCAGAGUCAUCCAAGCCUAUUGACCUCCGUCAACAGUACAAUAGACCCCUCAAGGCGAAUGGAGCCAGCUCUGCUCAGCUACGCCGGCGCAUCGCUACUGCCCCUGACCGCGUUCUUGACGCUCCCGGCCUCAUUGAUGACUACUACCUAAACCUACUCGACUGGAGCUCUGGAAAUCAAGUUGCCAUCGGUCUUGAGCGCAGUGUUUACGUCUGGUCUGCUGAUGAGGGCAGUGUGAACUGCCUGUUGGAGAGCCCUGCAGAUACCUACGUCAGCAGUGUCAAGUGGUCUGAUGAUGGCGCGUACGUCGGUGUCGGGCUUGGAAGCGGCGAGGUUCAAAUUUGGGACGUAUCCGAGGGACAAAAGAUACGCAGCAUGUUUGGUCAUGGCACUCGCGUUGGCGUCAUGGGAUGGAGUAAGCAUCUGCUCUCUACCGGUGCCCGCAGUGGUUUGGUGUUCAAUCACGAUGUCCGCAUCGCCGAACACAAGGUGGCCGAGCUUGUCUCGCAUACUUCCGAAGUUUGUGGUCUGGAAUGGCGCUCAGACGGCGCUCAGCUUGCUACUGGCGGCAACGACAAUCUCGUCUCCAUCUGGGAUGCCCGCUCGUUGUCUGUUCCCAAGUUCACCAAGACGAAUCACAAGGCUGCGGUCAAGGCCCUUGCCUGGUGCCCGUGGAACAUGAACCUGCUGGCCACUGGUGGCGGCUCUUACGAUCGUCAAAUUCACUUCUGGAACUCGACGUCGGGUGCUCGGGUCAACAGCAUCGACACUGGCUCUCAGGUUACAUCUCUUCGAUGGAGCCCCCACUACCGAGAGAUUGUCAGCUCCAGUGGCUUCCCAGACAAUUCCCUCAGCAUAUGGAGCUACCCUGCUCUUGUUCGUAAUGUCGAGAUCCCUGCUCAUGAGAGCCGAGUUCUCCAUAGCUGCCUCAGUCCGGAUGGUCAGAUGCUGGCCACGGCGGCUGCGGAUGAGAGCUUGAAAUUCUGGAAGGUGUUUGAGAAGAGGGCCGGCACCGCCUCUGGCAUUGGCGGCUCCGGAACCUCUGGCAAGGCUGACAUGGUUAAGCACAUGACCAUUCGGUAG